GGGAAAGAUGGCAACAUUGCUCCUAGCCCCGUGCCAAUCAUUGCCCCUCACGAGCUGGUUUCCUGGUUGCUACGAGCUGGGAAGCUGCUUUUGCACGACGAAGAUGCAAAAAAGUUCUGGCAGCACCAUGCAGCUGUCGGUAGUGCCGGUGUUGAUAAGUGCAAGAACUUCAAGGACGGCUACACUGUGCAUCCACUGUGUAUUUACGGCGACGAAGCCGAGUACACGCAGACGAAGCAGAAGAUUCUUGUUAUCUACAUUAGCUUCCCUUUGUACGAUGACAGGAAGGUAUCUGUUUGGGGCACUCGCUUCCCCGUCUUUGCUUUGCGAACAGACAGAAUGGAGAGUAUGGAGUGUUUGGCUCCUGUGUGGGAUUUUUUAUGUUGGUCCCUGAACUGCUGCUAUAUAGGCAAGACACCAAGCCGUGCUGUCAACGGCGAUCCGUGGCACAGUCCAUCAGCAAUUCCGGGCGAUUUGGGCUUUCGCUGCAGGCUCUGGGAAGUACGUGGCGAUUGGAAGUGGCACUUUCAAUGCUUUGGUUUCUCAUCGAGUUGGCUUGCUGAUUCUGUAUGCCAUGUUUGCUCCGCUUCAAAGAGUGAUCCUCGGUGUAGCUUCGUGGACUUCAAAGCUUCGCCGGCUUGGCUGGGAACGGAGCGGAGUCACCAGCAAUUUAUUGCUGAACAGCUACCUGCUUCACGGCCUUGCAAUGCACUGUUAUAUUGCCUGGGUUUUGAUUACAAGAUGAUCAAGUGGUGUAGCAUGCAUACUGUCCACUUGGGCAUCGGGCUGCAUGCGAACGGGGGAGCUAUGCACGAGCUGGUACAGCAUGGCUACUUCGCUGGGCAGAACGAGUCAGCUCGAUUCAAUGAUGCCUUGUUGAAGUUUCAAAGCUUUUGCAAAAACCAUGGUGUGCAAACUUCUCAAUCGGCAUUCAAGCCCUACAUGCUGGUGACCAAGGGCGAGGAGUUUUGUUACUUCCAGACAAAGGCUCACAACGGCCGUGUUGUUACCAGCUGGCUGGCUUUCGAGUGCCGUGUUGCUGCAGAUUUGCUGAAAACCGAAAGGUUGGAACUUGCUGCAGCGACUAUGUAUUACCUUCACGACUGGUAUGGGAAGGUAGAGACUUCGGGCAGGUUUUUGUCAGAGGCCGAAGCCAUCGGGCUUCGGGACUGUGGGCUUCGACAUCUGGCUGGGUAUGCUCGACUUGCAAAGCUGGCAAUUGCUGAACGUCGCCUUGCCUGGCAGCUACGACCCAAGCAUCACGUUUAUCAUCACUUGCUACUGGAUGCUGUACGAGACAGAACCAACUGCCGAAAGUUUCAUAAUUUUCGAGGAGAAGCUGCUAUUCAACUCGCAAAGCGACUGGCAAGAACAGCACACCAGCUUACUGUGGAGCGGUCGGUGCUGCUGCGAUGGUACACGAGGCCUUUAUGCCAAACUUUUUGCUUUUUUCGAAAGCCAUUCCCACCGAAUAAUUUGUAUCGAUACUCCUUUCCCGUUACCCCUGAUCAGGUUGCUGUCCGAUGGUGCUCGCAAAGGGCAGAAGCGAAAGCGAUGAUCGCAGCAGCAAGAAAAUGA